UGUUGAGUAUGUGAUUCAGAAUCAACACUUCUCAUUAUAAAUAGACCAACCGCAUUAAAUCUACAGUAUUAUGGACUUAAUAACAGAGUCAUGUCGUACCGAUUUUGACGGAGGUGUGGUAUCGCUCCUUUGUGUAAACCCUACGUAGAUGUUAGCGGACAAUACAAAGUGCUUCGCAGUUGUGAUAUAACUUAAAACGGAAUACCGGGGUCGUGCACAUUUGAGCUGGUUGCGACGUCUGCAGCGUUAAUCCGUUCCUCUUUACCCGCUGGAAUUGCUGGGCGUCUAUUAACUAUGUCAUUUUUUGAGAAGAAUUACGGAAGUAUGUUUAUGGAUGAAGGGCCUCACAGUUUAGCAUCUCAAUUACAAGUAAAGGGAUUUUGUACAAGAAGCAGUCAAUGUCUUGCAAAAAAUUACAGCUAUCGUUUCAAAAGAGGAUCCGAGCACAAACGUAUGUUUCAAAACUAUGACCCUGAUGCAGAGAAUAGACUUCAUAAAAUCCUGGCGAGGCAAUAUGAGGAGGAAUGCAAGAUGCGCAAUAUGUCGAAUUCAGUUGGACAGCGUGAACCACCCGGCAGUCUAUCAGUUAAGGUAGAUGGAUCUAGAGCAAGAAGCCUCAAAGCGCUGCCAAAAAGCAUCAGCCCAACCAGUACAGGUUCAGGUAAAAAAUGUGAUGUCUGCAAUGUCAGUCCAGUACGAGAUACCCAUCGGAAGUGCAAGGAAUUUCCCGACUAUGAUAUAUGCCCCACGUGCUAUGAGGAUACGAGAAAAAUGCAGGAUAUGUCGCAUUCAAUUCGGCAAAAGGAACAUCAAUCCGAACUGUUAACAAAAGAACAAAAGAAAGAAAAUGAAGUACCCGAACAGUCGUCUAUUUUCCCAUCUGAUUGGUCUGAUAUGAAACCCGAUAAACAUGUCAAAGAAGUUUAUCUGGCAUCUUCCAGUGAGGAAUUCAUUACCGUGAUGGGCAAUUUCAUUCAAACGCUUGACAACGAGAUCGUCAGUAUACGAAAAGUUCAAAACACGUAUCUUUGGGAGUUUUACUUUUUUAAGCGCAAACAGAUGGAGCACAUUAAUGGAAAAAUCGGCGCGAACGAGAUGAAUCUCUUCCACGGAACCAAACCGGACAUAAUCCAAACGGUGUGCGCCAACAAUCUUGACAUGCGCCUGGCCGGAACGAACACCGGUUCGAUUUAUGGCAACGGCACCUAUUUCGCUUCGUCAGCAAAGACGUCGGAACAGUACUCAACGCCUGAUCCUAAAACGGGUCACAAGUUUAUGUUGCAGUGUCGUGUACUGGUGGGACGCUGGACCAAAGGGCAACACGGUUUACGGAGGCCGCCUGAGGUGGAACAGACAUCGGAUGGUUAUGUCAGACUGUAUGACAGUUGCGUGGACAAUGUCGAUGAUCCAAGCAUAUUCUGCAUCUUUGACCACGUUCAGUACUAUCCGGAGUAUAUCAUUGAAUACAAAUGAAUUUCUAAACAUAUUUACGACUGACUAUUUAGAGUUUGCAGAUAUCUUUAUGUCAUCAUUGGGUCAUGUUUUGUUCUUAUCGGAAUUAUAAUAAUCUGUGUGUGUGUGUAUACUGAAUAACUAGAUAAGAUAAUACCUGAUUCUACCCGUAUGGAUAUAUUAUAGAGCACUCCAACAUUAAACGGAUACGUGUGGAAUUAUUUAAUUCACUAAUAAUGCACUGACUAUGCUUUAAAAUGUAGAGCGAGAUUCAUUUGUAUCAUUCAAAAUUAAAUAAAUGUGUGGAUGAAAUAGGUUUGUUCAUUUAAAUAACACAAAUACUUAACUGAUGAAUUUCUAUUUUUUAUGAAAUUGUUGUACAUGUAAACAAUUAUUUUGACGGGUUUAUCUUCAUAGUACCGAGCAGUAAUUUAGUAUGUGUAUAAUUGAGUUGCUUAUAAAUUGUGGGAUACGCAUACAUUAUUUGCAUUUGUCAACCAGCUGAUAUACAAUAAUCCAUUACCAUCGUGCAAUUUAAGAUUUCUUUGUUAUGUCCUAUUUCAUUUUAAAAAGUGUAUAAUUACACAGAUAAUGGUAUUAAAAGCAAUAUUUAUGUCAUCAAGUCGUACAGAAAAAAUACAUAAGUAUCUUUAUUAUGUUUUGUUUUCAUUAUUUGUGUAAACAUUUUGAUAAUUUUUUUAAGUAUUUCGCUGAUCUAUUUCCUCAUUAUACCCGCGUUUACAACAAACUGCCCAUCUGAAAAUUCCUGGUGUUGUUUACGUUAUGAGAAUUAAUACAAGUAAUGAUUUCAAAAGCCAAUUAUUGAAUCAACGCUGCGCCCAGAAAAGUAUCUUUAAAUUUUUAUGAGUGUUGUUGUUGCGUGUUUCGUGAGCGUCUCGUUGUCAUAAUAUCGCUAGUAGUGGUCGGUGGUUUUUGUUCUUGAUCUCACGCCCGAUCAGCUAGCAUGUGUAUCUCAAUAACCUGUCAUUUUAGGGUCUGGAUUUCAUAUUGAAUAUAUUUAAUUAUACUUUUGAGCAACUCAUGUAUGCCACAAAUAACUUGCGAUUUGAAUGUUUGUAUCACUUACCUAAAUAGGCUUUUGAGUAAGCUUUCAACAGUUCAUGCACUCUUGGAAUAUUUUUUAUGUGUAAAUAGAUUUGAUAGUUUUAUAAAUUUACUUACUUUGGACGUUGUUUUGUUGAAGAAAAUUAUAUAUUUUCAUACUGAUGAUAUAUAUUGUCUAGCAUUGGUUUAAAUAAUGCGCUGUAUUGUUUGUAUUAUCUUAUUUUCAAAUUAGUUUUCAAUUAACCGUGUUUAGGCUUGCUUACAAGACAACAUGUUUAUUUCUUAUUAUUUUGCGUGUUGUCGUUUUGUUGUAUUUUACGACUUAGUUUAUAAAAAGUUAUUUUAAACCAGUUUGAAUGUGUUUAAAUACUUCCAUAUAUGUCAAAGAUACUUCAUCUGUGGAGCCCUGAAACUAACGCCUUAUGUUAGGGUAACACAUUCACAUGAAUAUAUGUCGUGAAAUAAAUUAAAUGAAGUAUGAACUUA